GCUGUUUGUUUUGUUUGUUUUCAUGUUUUUAAAGACAUGAAAGAAAUUCAUAAUUUUAAUAAUGUGUAAUUAAUUAUUUCACCACACAAGAACAUUAUAACAUUCAAUUUAAUUGACUUCCUGGAAAUACUGAACAUUCGCGCGCAAUUCCUUAAAGCUCUGAUGGAAUCGUGACUCAAUAAAAUAAAUUAAAAUUCAAGAAAAGUAUUGAAUUGUAUAGCCUAAUAAACAUCAUGAGUGUUUUUGCAUGGAUUUAGAUAAAAACGGGGAUAAAAUUAUUUAUAAGUUGAAGUCACAACAGAUUGGUGAAACAAAUAACAAAAUGGAAAAUGCCGAUUCGAGUACUGCUAACUCAAAUGAUCUGAGUCCCACUGUCUCCCUUCCAAGAACAAGCAUUGGCUCAGAUGGAGAUUAUGAUGAUGAAUUAGGCAUACCAGAAUCUAUUAAAGUAGUUGAUAUUGGUGAUGGCCCUGUAGCUAUAGAAAAUUCUGAUGAUGAAUUGGAAGAUGAUUCAUGUGAGGGUGGCAUUCCAUUUUCAAAACUUCAUAACUACACCAAUUUUAAAUCUUUUAGAAAUUUGUUUGUGCCGUCCGAAGAUGUAGUUAUAUCAGUAAAUGAUUAUGAAAGAGAGUUAACUUCUCAUAUGUUAAAUCCCAAUUUGUAUACAAUUGUUAUCACUCAUGCUGGAUUCACGUGGACAAUUAAAAAACGUUAUAAAGAUGUUCAGUAUUUGCACCAAGAGCUCGUGCUAUUUAGGACUAGUUUAAACAUACCACUGCCAAGUAAAACACAUAAGAACAAAAGAAAAACCUUUAAAGAGUUCGUGCCAAAAAAUAACAAAGGAAAGAGAAAAGCUGCUUUACCAAGAUUUCCAAAUAAGCCCGAAUUUCUGGUGGCAUAUGAAAAAAUCCCUAACAGAAUGAAGCAAAUCCAAGAUUAUUUGAAUAAUUUAAUGUCUAUAUCGAUUUAUAGGAACCAUCCCUCCACUUUGAGCUUUUUGGAAGUUAGCCAUCUGUCAUUUAUAAAAGAGCUUGGUACUAAAGGAAAAGAAGGAAUGGUCAAAAAACGUUCUGGGAGUACCCACCCUGGACAGUCUGGAUGUAAUUUUUUUGGGUGUUAUAGGUGCUUUUGUUGUCUUAGAUGUCGACACCUAACUCGCUGCUCUCGAUGGCUAAAACGCUGGCUAUUCAUAAAAGACACCUGUUUCGGCUACAUAAAUCCAGAAACAGGCCAAAUCAGAUGUGUCGUUUUAUUCGAUCAAGGAUUCGAGGUUGCCUCAGGAAUGUAUAGCAUGCAUUUUAACACCGGUUGGCAAGUUCAAACGUUGAACAGAUGCUUUAGUUUCAAAGUGGGAUCUAGAAGACAUACUAGAGAUUGGAUAGAGGCAUUUAGGCAGGCUGCAGCUACCACUGCUAAACUUUUUAUCCAACCCAAUCCCCAUCACUCAUUUGCUCCGGUGCGUAACAACGUCACGGCCUCUUGGUUCGUAGAUGGUUCCAGCUAUAUGUCUAGUGUAGCAGAUGCCUUGGAAAAUGCUAAAGAAGAAAUCUUUAUUACCGAUUGGUGGUUAAGUCCGCAAAUAUAUCUUAAAAGACCCGCAAUAGUCGGAGAUUACUGGAGGUUGGAUAAGGUGUUGCAACGAAAGGCGGAACAAGGCGUCUUUAUAUAUGUGCUUAUAUAUAAAGAAGUCGAACUGGCACUGGGAUUAAACAGCUUUUAUAGCAAACAAACUUUGCAAUAUCUGCAUAAAAAUAUUAAAGUUCUUCGGCAUCCGGACCACGCUAAAGCUGGGGUAUUUUUGUGGGCGCAUCAUGAGAAAAUGGUGGUCGUCGAUCAAACUUAUGCGUUUGUUGGUGGCAUUGAUCUUUGUUAUGGAAGAUGGGAUGAUCAUAAUCAUCGGUUGACAGAUUUGGGCAGUAUAACCGCAGCCUUGGACUUGACAAAUCUUAAGAAAAAAACUUCCGAUAGACCUACAGGUGAUAUAAUUUAUCCUAUUCCGGAGCCGUAUUAUAAGCAGACUCCGAUUCCUGAAGUGUCCCCAGCUACGCCCACCGAAGAGUGUAAUCCGGAGGUUUUGCCACAGUUGGAGCCUGGAGAUCAUUUACUGAUGCCUAUAAAUAAGUGUCCUCUAAAACCAAACACCCCCGAACUUGAAAGAAAAAACAACAUGUUUUCGGACUUAACUAAUAAGGUAAAAAGUAAAGGGAAAGAGUUGAUACAUCUUGUAUAUACACCUACCGACGAGAACCCUAUGAAACCGAAUACUCCCGAUAACGAGCUGGAUCAACCUGAUAAUGCAGGAAAAAACAACCAUCAAACGCCAGAAGAAAUCAUUGAAACUUUAGACGGAUCAGCAAAGUUCUGGGUUGGGAAAGAUUAUGUCAACUUUAUUGUUAAAGAUUUUACAAACCUAGAGUCUCCAUUUGAUGAUUUCAUUGAAAGGGUGACCACUCCGAGAAUGCCAUGGCACGAUAUCGGCAUGUGCGUACACGGAGAAGCAGCGAGGGAUGUGGCGCGUCAUUUUAUCCAAAGAUGGAACGCUACCAAACUGGAAAAGGCUAAAAAUAACGCGGCUUACCCGUACUUAGUGCCCAAGGCUUACAAUGAAUAUAAAACUUUGACUAUCAACUUUCCAAAUGAGACUCAAAAGGUUACUUGUCAGGUUUUGAGGAGUAUUAGUACUUGGUCAGGGGGAUAUUUAGACUCAUCUUAUGUAGAACAAAGUAUCCACGAGGCUUACAUUGACACAAUUACCAGGGCUCAGCAUUAUAUUUAUAUUGAAAACCAGUUCUUUAUUACUUCGCCUUUCCAUAAUCCGAACACGAGAAAUCAGAUUGGCGAGGCUUUAUAUAAGAGGAUUAUUAGAGCUCACAAAGAAAAAGCCACAUUUAGAGUGUACGUAGUAAUGCCAUUAUUACCAGCAUUUGAGGGCGAAGUUGGGGGCGCCACUGGCACCUCUUUACACGCAAUUACUCAUUGGAACUACGCCUCCAUAUCCAGUGGAAAAGAUGCUAUUUUAAAUCGAUUAAAAACAGCCGGAAUUGAUGAUCCCUCUGAGUACAUCUCGUUUUACGGGCUCAGAAAUCAUUCGCGGCUAAACUCUGAACCCUUAACAGAGUUAAUAUACGUCCAUUCAAAAUUAAUGAUAGUGGAUGACAAGACUGUUAUUUGCGGAUCAGCCAAUAUUAACGAUAGGUCGCUGAUUGGGAAGAGGGAUUCUGAAAUUGCGGUUAUCAUAGAGGAUGAAACAUUUGAAGAUGGAAUUAUGGACGGCAAGCCUUAUCCUUGUGGUAAAUUUGCCGGAGGUUUACGAAAAUAUUUAUUUAAAGAACAUCUUGGUUUAUUAAACAACAAGAAUGAUUGUGAUACUAUCGAAUUUGAUGUUGCCGAUCCUAUUAGUGAUUAUUUUUACAGGGAGGGUUGGUAUAAAACUGCCAGCUUAAAUACCGAAUUUUAUGAAAAAGUUUUUCACUGCCUGCCUUCCGAUAAUGUAGAAACGUUUACAGAUAUUAAAAAGAACAACGAAAUUAAGCCGUUAUGGGUGGAGGAGUUUUCCAGAGCCGAAAAAAUGUUGGAAAGCAUACAGGGUCAUUUGGUAUUUCUACCUCUAAAUUUCUUAAGCAAAGAGGAGUUAACACCCGCUGCGGCGUCCGUUGAAGGAAUGAUGCCUACCUCGUUAUGGACCUGAAAUAUUCGUCCAUAGGAUUAAGUAUUUCAUUGUUAUAAGAUUGCAUGUUAUUUUUUUAUUUUUGUUGUGUUAACAUUCUUUGCAGCAUUUAUUUUUUUUAAGUUUUUUAUAAUUUUAUCGAACUAACCUGUGUGUAAAUUGAAACCGUUAUUUGUUAUUUUAAUUGUAUCAUUCUGUACAGUCCCGUAUAAUUAUUAUUAUUAAUUUAAGUUCAUUUAAUUUAUAUCCAUUGUUGAUUGUAUUGAAGUAUCCAGGUUAAUUUCAAAGUAAGCGCAAACUUUUAAGGCGUAAUACUUGUGUUCGUCAAAAAGUUCCUAUCAAUAUAUGUCCAGAAAUGCUUCCUAAGGGAACAACGCCUACAAACUCUUUAAUUUUUUUUUACUUAAAUAUUUUAUAACUAUUGGUGAAUCGGAUUGUAAUUUUUUUACAGUUUUAUUUUAUUACGAUUUUAGCAAAAAAAAUUAAAUUUGGACUUUUUUGCAUAAAAAAGGGCAUUUUUAGUUUAAAUUGACGACAAGCCCAGUGUAGAAAUUCCUAGAAAAAGUCCAUUAUUAUCAUGUAUAAGAAAAUUUAAUCAAGUAUAUUUUUUCAUACAUUUACAGUUCAACAAAUGAAGAUAAUUGUGUUUAAUCAUUUUGUGCUAAACAAAGUCUGUAAAAAAAUUUAGAUUGUUGGCACCCCUUGUAUGAAAUGCCCCUGAUUUAGAUAAAAUCCGAUUCAAGAUCAAGUCUUUAUAAUAUAACCUGAAUUUCAUAUAUUUCAAAUAUUUAUGUGUCUCAUUCGAAGAGUUUUUUUCUUAUUUUUACGCCAGUUUGUUCUUAUUUUGAGUUAACCUGUAUACCUUGUAGCAUCUUUGUCGUAUUAUUGCCGCUGCUAUUUUGGCCUUAUUCUAAAAUUGUGAUAUUGAUCUUAAAAUUGUGAAUGUAAUGAUAUUCAAUUUGUGUAGAACUAUUGAAUAAUGACCAUUGGAAAAAACAAGUUUUUUAAAGGAGCACACUAUGAAAUCGCAUAGCUCAGUCAAAUUUUCUACAAACUUAGUAUGUUAUAUAAAUCACAAAACAGUUUUACCACUAGCCAAAACCCUUUAAUUUAUUCACGACACGUGUGUCGCUAACAAUGUUAGCAUGUUCGGGAGAAGAUUAAAACUCAUUUCAGAAAGGCACCAAAGGUUCCAACCAUAGGAUUAUUAGUAUGUUAUCGUCAAUGACCACGUGAUGCAAAAAUUCAAAAGUAUUACAACUCUCAGUUUUUGCGAUUUUGAAGGUCAAAGCUUGCAUUGGGUCCCUCUCCUAUUAAUUGAAAGUUAAAGAUAUUAAGUAAAGCCGUAGUGUAAAUUGAAAAAUAUAUCAAAAGUAGUAAAAAAAUUAAUUAUUCAUGUCUUAUUUCGAAUGUUUGUCGGUGUUUAAGAAUGCAAAAAAAAUAUUAAUUUAAAUUUAAUUUGGAUUGCUAGAUCUAAAUUAUCCUCAAUACCCCAAAUUGCCUGAAAAACAGACGCAAAAUAACCCUAACUGCCUGGAAUAAGGAGAAAAUGUUUCAUAGAAAACAGUAAAUAAGAAAAAUUACGUCAAUAACUGAAAUACUAGUAAAACCCUUCCAGGCAGUAUAAUUAUUUUUUAUAAUUUCAAUGAGUUGAUCAUAAGAUUGACGUCCUCAACUGCUUGGAAUAAAUACAUUUUUUUCUUAAAAUAAGUUAAAAAAAAAACUUUUUUUUUAAAAUUUUUUUUGAAUAGUUGAAAAAGAAAUUUGAAUAGUAAAAAAAAGUUGUCUGAAAAAAAAACACAAUAAGA